AUGAGCAAGGAUGAGGAUGUGAUAGAGAGUUCCAAUGGAAAAGAUGCAGUUACAUCUGAGGGGAAUUCAGAUAUGGAACCAUAUGUGGGUAUGGAGUUCGAAUCCGAAGAGGCUGCCAAAGUGUUCUAUGACGCAUAUGCAACACACUUGGGGUUCAUCAUGCGUGUUGAUGCCUUCCGAAGAUCCAUGCGUGAUGGUAAGGUAGUUUGGCGUAGGCUUGUGUGUAAUAAAGAGGGAUUUCGUAAGACAAGACCCAAAAGAAGUGAGAAUAGGAAGCCUCGAGCAAUCACCAGAGAAGGGUGUAAAGCAAUGAUAGUGGUAAAGAAAGAAAAAUCGGGAAAAUGGAUAGUAACAAGAUUUGUAAAGGAGCAUAACCAUCCACUGGUGGUUACACCUGCAAAUGGUCGUCGCACUGUGCUUCUAUCUCAAACACCAGACGAAAAAGAUGUGAAAAUUCGGGAGUUGAUGGCUGAGUUACAACGAGAGCGGAAGAGAUCUGCAGCCUAUCAAGAACAACUUGAUAUGGUUUUGAGAGAGAUGGAAGAACAUUCAAAUCACCUCUCAAGAAACAUUGAGGGUAUAGUCCAAAGCGUGAAAGAAAUUGAAUCGAAGAGGGUGGCACCCUCAAACAGUUAA